CACAAAUAUAUAGCUGCUAAAGAAGUUGCACAAAAUGGUUUCCAGGACUAUAAUUAUAGCAUUCCUAGUUUUGUUAAUGUACCUCUCAGUUACGAAUGCAUCGAACAUUUCAACUGAUGAGGCUUCUCUUUUAGCUUUCAAAGCACAGAUAACUUCAGACCCCAAUGGAAUAUUGUCAAAAAACUGGACAAAAGGAACUCACAUUUGCAAUUGGAUAGGCAUAUCUUGCAGUAAAAAGCAUCAAAGAGUGACAUCAUUAGUCCUCACAAGCUUUGGAUUUAGAGGUUCAAUAGCAAUAGAAAUUGGGAACCUCUCCUUCCUUAACAAGUUGGAUGUUGGAAACAACAGUUUCCACGGCCAAAUCCCCGAUGAAAUCGGGAGUCUGAGGCGUUUAAACUUCUUGUCUUUGCAAAUGAAUAAUCUCACUGGUCAAAUCCCAGAAAGCCUUGGAUUUCUCACAAGGCUUCAACUUCUUGAUCUUUCUGAAAAUGAUCUAUUUGGAAAUGUUCCAUUUUCCAUUUCCAAUGUGUCUUCCUUAAAGAUCAUUGAUUUGGGAUUUAAUCGGAUUAGUGGGAAUCUCCCAAGGGGAUUUUGUACUAGGCUUCCAAAUCUGCAAGGUUUAUUUCUCUCAAAAAAUCAAUUAGCAGGCCAAAUCCCAAGUGGGCUGAAUCAAUGCACACAACUUAUUUACCUUUCCUUGUCAUAUAAUCAGCUCACAGGAAGUUUGCCAAGAGACAUGUGGAAUUUGACAAAGCUUCGAGAAUUAUAUCUUGGAUGGAAUAACAUAACAGAGUAUGGAUCAGAAGGCAAAGUAUCAACGAAGGGAGAUGUUUAUAGCUUUGGUAUUUUGUUAAUGGAGACUUUUACAAGAAAGAGCCCCGUGGAUGAUCUAUUCGUUGGAGACUUCACCUUGAAAAGAUGGAUAUGCCAAUCAUUACCAAACCGAUUGGUGGAUGUAGUGGACAUUAAUCUAUUUUCACUGGACGAAGAAAAUUUUACUUCUAAAGAGAGAUGCUUCAAAUCAAUCAUGGAAUUAGCUCUUGAAUGCACAAAUGAUCUGCCGGAAGAGAGAAUCUGCAUGGAAGAUAUUACUCUGCGACUCAAGAAGAUCCUAACUCAAUUUCUGCAGAAUGCUGUGACAAACUAA